AAUUCGCAAUGUCUCCCCUUCUCUCUUCUUUCUGACUCUUUUCAGCACAACAACACUGCACCAAACAAACAAAAUAAAUCUAUCAACAACUCUAUACCACUAUAAUUUAUGGCAAUGGCUCACCAAAGUUCUGAUCGCUUAACCUCUGCUGACUCCACGGAGGUAUUGAACGUUCUGCUUCCGGAUAUCAACAACAACAACAUUACUAACCCGAAUGUGUUGACUAAUAAGGAUUUGGUUACUGUUGCUCAUUUUAGGGACGGUUUGCAUCAGUCAGGAGUCAUGCCAUCUGUGGUGGACUCUAAGACAUCCUAUUCCUCCCAGGCGCAGUUCUAUGAUGAAGCUCAUAAACAGGAUUCAUUUCUUCCAUAUGUUAAUGCUGAGGGCUUGGAAAAUGGCUUUCAUGGCAUCUACAAUGAAACUGUAUCUCUUGGAUUUCAUGGUUUUGGGCCUAACCCACAACUGCCACAUAGACCUUAUGCUCUGGUUUCAUCUCAUCUACCUCCCAUUGCAGAUCCUAGCUGGUUACCCAAUGCAAGGCAUUUCCCUACCUCAGAUUCAUCUUAUCACCAGCCAUCAGUUCCCCUAAAUAUCGCACAUGUUACUUCAAAUGCCCAAUUUUCUCAUCUAGAUUGUCCUAUAAAUCUUGAGCAACAAGUGGAUAGAAAAAGAUUUGGGCUGAGACCCAAUUACCUUCCUCAAUCAGGAUUGUAUGGUGGAGGAAGCAACUUCUUUGGAAGCUCUGGCAAGCUUUGCUCCUCAUACCAAGGGUUUGAUGGGUCUGGGGCUGAUGGAGUCAGUUUAGACUGGUCAAAGCAUUUUAGUGGGAAGAGUUCUUUGUUUCAAGUGUUAUAUCCAGCAGCUUCUCCAAAACGAGUUGAUUCACUAGAGUUCCCUUCAAAUGACAUUGGAAUGGCCUCUUUUCAAAAAAGAUCAUUUCAGGGGAUUGGUUCUUGUUCUGGCUCUGGUUCUGGAGGCUACACUGCUAGCCAAAGUGAUCAAAAUUUUGGCUGUGGCAGUGUCUCCACUUCUAGUUUGGGAAUAAAUGGUCAGAACUGGCCUAAGCUUGAUGAAGCAAGACGAAGUAGUUGUAUUGACUUCUCAUGCAGUUGUAAUGUAACACUUGAUACGCUAAGUGAGCAUAACAGGGGACCUAGGGCAUUUAAACCUAAAAGUCAGAUAGCUACCAAAGUUUUUAUUGUUGAUAGCAGCAAGAAUGGCACAAAUAAUGGCAUUACCAAUGGAUUAUACAAUAGACAGAAUUUUGUCACUGAUUAUGAGGGUGCAAAGUUCUUCGUGAUCAAAUCUUACAGUGAAGAUAAUGUUCACAAGAGCAUAAAGUAUGGUGUCUGGGCAAGCACCCCUAUCGGCAACAAAAAAUUGGAUACUGCUUAUCAUGAGGCAAAAGCAAAACAAGGGACAUUCCCUGUAUUUCUCUUGUUUUCGGUGAAUGCUAGUGCUCAGUUUUGUGGAGUGGCUGAGAUGGUGGGACCUGUUGACUUUGAUAAAAGCUUGGAUUAUUGGCUUCAGGAUAAGUGGUCUGGGCAAUUCCCAGUAAAGUGGUACAUUAUUAAAGAUGCCCCUAACAGUCAGUUCCGCCACAUUCUACUUGAAAAUAAUGACAACAAGCCAGUUACUAACAGUAAAGAUACUCAAGAGGUCGAAUUCGAACAGGGUAUUGAGAUGUUGAACAUUUUCAAAAAUUAUGAAAGUCAUUCAUCCAUCCUAGAUGAUUUUUACUUCUAUGAAGAGCGGCAGAAAGCAAUGCAGGAAAGGAAGGCCAGACAGCUAACUAGCCUGGUAGCUUCUCCAAAUGAUUUAGUUGGUGAGUCUCAGAACCUUGUGUCACUCCCUAAUGUCUUCGCAAAGAAACUGUCUAAGAGCUUUGCUGAAGCUCUUUUGCUAAAUGAGAACGAGAAAGCAGGUGGAGCAACCGGAAAGGUUCUCUCUACCGCCGGUGGAGGCCUUGGUGGAUAACUGCAACGGCAAAUUUGGCCUUGGUAUGUGGUUAUAGUUUAUACCUAUUACGUUUAUAUUGUGUUCUUUAUUUGUUUUUUUUUUAAUUAUAUUAAGAUUUUGCUGCCCCACAAGUUUCGAGAAGGCUCCUAGUUUGGGUUAACUUGGUUUAUGGAUUUAAUUUGUUUAGAUAGAGAUAUCCUGAAGCAGUCCUAUACAUACACUCAGGUGAUUGUUCUUUUUAAAAAUUGUUGUUACCACAUUCUUUUUAGUCGUUUUGUACCUUAUCAUACCCACUGUUGAAGCCUUCACAAAAUUCAUUAAAGCCGAUGGGAGGUGUUGCUUAUGACACUUGAUGAUGCGUCUAGUAUAUGACUUUAGGCUGGGUCGGGCUUAUGCUCAUAUCUUCUUCCAUCCCCCGACUUGACUCUCUUGACGUGGAAUUUGAGUGAAAAUUCUGGAUCCAAGUCAUGAUACUAUCUCUUAUAUAUUAAAAAAAUUUUGAUUUGAUUAUUAGUGUGUAAAUU